CGGGGCGGUGCCCGGAAGAGGAAGCGGGUCGGUCAGCGCUCGCAGUGCGGAAGCGGCUGGCGGAGGCCGCGGUUUCGGUUCUGUGGGCGGUGGCAGGAAGUGAAGGGAGCUGAGCUCCGGCAGCCGCCAUCCCGCACUCUCUUUCCCCGUCUCCUUCCCCGCCGCGCCGCAAUGGCGGGCAACACCGGCAACCUGCAGAAAGCAAUAGACCUUGCUAACAAGGCAGCACAAGAAGAUAAAGCAGGAAACUAUGAGGAAGCCUUCUGUUUGUACCAACAGGCUGUGCGGUAUUUUCUCCAUGUGAUUAAAUAUGAAGCACAGGGUGAUAAAGCAAAACAGAGCAUAAGAAUGAAAUGUACAGAAUACUUGGACAGAGCAGAAAAGCUGAAAGAAUAUCUGAAAAAGAGAGAAAAUGCUGCACCAAAACCAGUUAAAGAGUCUGGUCCUACUGAUGGAAAAGGGAAUGACAGCGAUGGGGAAGGGGAGUCAGAGGAUCCUGGAAAAAAGAAGCUACAGAAUCAACUUCAAGGAGCAAUUGUUAUGGAGCGACCAAAUGUCAAAUGGAGUGAUGUUGCUGGCCUCGAAGGUGCUAAAGAAGCACUUAAAGAAGCAGUGAUCUUGCCCAUUAAAUUUCCGCACCUGUUUACAGGAAAGAGAACACCAUGGAGAGGGAUUCUCUUGUUUGGACCACCAGGAACGGGGAAGUCUUAUUUAGCAAAAGCUGUGGCAACAGAAGCAAACAACUCUACCUUUUUCUCAGUAUCUUCCUCUGACCUUGUCUCAAAGUGGUUAGGUGAAAGUGAAAAAUUAGUGAAAACCUUGUUCCAGCUUGCCAGAGAAAACAAACCUUCUAUUAUCUUCAUUGAUGAGAUCGAUUCCCUUUGUGGCUCAAGAAGUGAAAAUGAGAGUGAGGCUGCUAGACGGAUAAAAACAGAAUUUCUAGUCCAAAUGCAAGGGGUUGGUGUUGACAAUGAAGGAAUAUUGGUAUUAGGAGCAACAAACAUACCCUGGGUUUUGGAUUCUGCUAUCAGGAGAAGAUUUGAGAAGCGUAUUUAUAUUCCUUUACCUGAAGACCACGCCAGGGCUGCAAUGUUCAAACUUCACCUUGGCUCAACUCCAAAUGUCCUAACAGAAUUAGAUUAUCGAGAGCUUGGGAAGAACACUGAUGGCUAUUCUGGUGCAGAUAUAAGCAUCAUUGUUCGUGAUGCACUGAUGCAGCCUGUUAGAAAAGUGCAAUCAGCUACUCACUUUAAAAAAGUAAAAGGACCAUCAGUGUCUAAUCCAAAUGUGAUGGUAGAUUUGUUCACUCCAUGCUCUCCAGGUGAUCCUGAAGCCAUAGAGAUGACAUGGAUGGAUGUUCCAGGUGAUAAAUUACUGGAGCCUCAAGUUUCCAUGGCUGAUAUGCUCAGGUCCCUAGCUAGCACAAAACCAACAGUUAAUGAACAGGAUCUGGAGAAGUUAAAGAAGUUUACAGAAGACUUUGGUCAAGAAGGCUAAACCAAAGAUUUGUGGAGCAUUAGAACUUUUUUUUGCUUUAAGUAUUCUUCUGUCUUUACUGAUGGCACUUCAAAUAAAUGCCAAUAAAAUCACUCCUUUCUCACUUUGCAGAAGGAAUAGAAGAAACCUUUGCAAAGGCUCUUAAGCUUUUGUAUUGUUUGCCUCAGAUGUCUACUAAAUGUCUUCUAUUGGAAAAUAAUAUGAAAAUAUAAUUUUAGGGUGAGACGGCAAAGUGAUGUGGUAACGUCUAUUAAAUACUAGAAAACUUUAAAUGAUUAGUUCGAUUUUAGAUAUUAUAUUAGACCUCGGUACAAGUGAGUUUUAAAUUCCAAGUAGGCUCAAAGAAACCCUUUUUUGAGGGGUGGAAGAGAAUAUAUUUGUCAUGUGUUUUCAGUAUCAAUCAACCUGCGUAUUAAUUGCUCUCAUUUCAUGUAGAAAAAUGCAACAAAAUUUGCUAAUUGAGCAUACUGCAAGUGUGGGUUCACUAUUAAAGAAAAACACUGUGAGGGUAAGACUGCAUGGGCCAGUAGCUUGUUUUAAAUAUUGAUUGAACUGAUAUUUGGCCACUUCUGCUAUGCUGUGUUAAAAAUUUAGCUUAAAACAGCAAGCUUUUAACUCUUUACUAGCCGAUGCACACGUGUCACUAUGCAAUUUAGCAAAAAUUUGUCAAAUGCAAGUGUCUCAGAAGGCUUUGCUGGCUGUUCCUGUUUCUUUUAAAUAUGGAUUUAGUUUCUACGUGAGUCUGGCUAAAGUUUGAUAAAAGCAUUGGUAAUAUCCUGUAAGAUUCCACAUGUCAAGGCUGGUGGGGUAGUCUUUGGAGAGCGUGAUGGGAGGCAUUUUAGGAAAUAGCAUCCUUUCACAUGCAAAGAGGAUAGAACAUAUGUUUUAGCCACAGACUUUACAGUGAUAAAUUAACUCAGAACCCUACUGAUAACUACUGUGUAUAUGUUACAUGAAUUUAGUGCUUAAACUUUGAGAGAAGGCUGGCACUUUAGUACAGAAGUAGCACUUCCAAUGAUCUUUGUCUGAAGAACUACAAAUUGAGAUGUGCCUGAAUGUAACUCACCACACUACAGUGUCAGCAUUGAGUUUGUGCCUUGUAAGUUUGCACUGGCUGUAGAUAUGAAAUAUUGUUAGGAUACCUAGAAUACUCUGUGUUCCAUUACCAUUGUACAACUCUAUCCUGCAUAUGCUUUGUUUAACUUGCAUUGAGAGAAAUUUGCACAUUUUGUGUGUGUAUGUUAUAGGUACAUAUACACAUAUAUGAUCAUCUUUUGAUGGGUUUUGGUUUCCUUUAUGUACAUAUUUUGUGUACUGCAUAAUCACAGGAUGGGUGGAAAUUGCUGUACUUAAAUGAAGUAAAAUGUUAUAGUACAAUAUCAGCUAUGUUCUUUGACUAUUUCUUCAAUUUUAUGUUCAAGAAUUUACUGCUUGAUUUUUUAAAAAAUGGUUUUAGACUUUGGUUUCUAUGUUUAACAGCUAAACAAAAUAUUUAGUUUUAAAUUCUUUGAUCUGCAGGGUGCUGAGCUGUUGUUUACUAACAUGACAAAACAUUCUUUCCAAAAUAGUUCAGUUACACACAGGUUUACCUUUGUCUCACAUGGGAACAUGUAAAUGUAAUCAUUGUGACCGCAAAUCUUUAUGCGGACCUUUGCAGGAGCAGGGAGGUAGAAACCCUAGUGUUGGUGCAAGCAACUAUGGUUAGUAAACCUAAUCUUGUUGUAACUGGAUUGCUUUUUCUUAGUUGCGUCUAGUGAAUGCUUUAGAAGUGAGCCACAUAGUGGCAGGGCUCACACUCAGAGGUUUGAAGCAACUAUCCGAAGUACUUGUCUCUUGCGUUUUUUAAAACGGGAGUCCUUACUGCAAUAUUAAAAUUCUCAGGAACUUUUUUGUUUGUGGUAGGCUGAUUUGUCCUCUGGGUUUCCUUAAGCUUAAUUGUGUAAUCCCUCAUUUUUAAUGUAGAAGAAAAGGAUGUAUGUUUUAAAUUUACAUCUUGCUGGUUGCUCAGUUGUGGGAUGACAUCUGUAACAGAAACAUUAAUGUUUGAUGUUUAAAGUUGUUUUUAGAAACAUAUUCCAAAUAAACAUUGCUGCUUAGAAUUGCAGCUACAAGGACACUUUUUUUGUUUGCUGUCUUUGUAAAAUGGGAAUAAAUUAAUACAUACCAUAGAGCUUCCUAGGUUAGUUAUCCCAGAACGGAUGAUCACCAGAUUUGGGGGGGAUGCGUAAAAAAACUUUUUAGUUUUCAGUGUUAAUCGAAACUACCCUAAAUUAAAGCAUUUAUGAAAGGUAUUACUUGUUUUACACCAUCAAAACCUCUGUAAAUACCUGAUAAGUUAGUUGUGCAUUUUUCGUAAGGUCUGGUGUAUGACUCAGCUUUGGCUAAUUAGCUUACAAUUUUUUUUCCUGACUUCUGGUGUUACUGCUUACUCUGACUGCAAUAUGAAAAUAUGUCAUUUUCUUUCCUUCCUGUGGGUAAAAU